AUGAACGAUAUGGACGACCAACAUAUGUGCAGUAUGUUUAGAGUGUUGAAGUCAGAGGUUGAUGCUCUCUAUCGGAACUCCACAACCUCCGAUGCCUCUCAUUCUGAUGGAACGCCAACUGGAGCGAACAGUGCCUCGCGAUUGUGCUCUGUAGAGGCUUUUUGUUUCGACCCAUAUCUUUCUGUACGCGCCGUUCUCGUUCGUGAAUCUGUCGUGAUGGCCAUCCCUGUUUCAAGGCCCAGUUAUUCUCCUAAAAGCUAUGAGACCAAGAACGUGAUGGCAGCAGCGAGUCUGUUCACCUUCAUUGUUCACGGUACGUUGAUUGGCUACCCCUGUUUGAGAAUGAGGUACCCAAGACGCAUCCUUACGCCAAAGCACAAUUUGAGAAUGUCCGCAAUCAAUGAUAGUCGCGUACCCAAACAACCAAUAGGGUGGGGCCAGGAUCAUUAUGCACAGCCUCGAGCCGCGCCCCUAAGUGAUAGAUCGUCCAUCAGCGCGGCCCAACCCGGUAAUCCUGCAUCCGGACCCCCACACGUCAAUUGUCUGGGCAUUUGUUCCAGGGAGCAUCCCAAAGUGCACAAACGGGAAGCGGGUGGGUGUGAAAUAGCAAUGAUGCACCGAAGUUUGGGCCAUUGGUUCGUGAAGCCAGACUUGGAUAUCAAGAUGCAAGACGAACAUGGUUAUUUAGAGGUUUCAGACAAGAUGCGGGGCGAAUAUCGUGGCGGCCAUAAUAAAGCACUGUAUUUCGAGUAG